GCGGAGGCCGGCCUGCGAACCGAGAGAUGAGACCUCAUCUCCCCGCCCUACCCCCUACAGCCCCGAACCUGACACCACCACACCACCAUCACCAUGCCCCAGGAUCACCAUGGCCGGGAUUCCCCCCGGUCUCAUCGCGUGGGGGAGCACUGGAGCGGUGCCAACCCCGUCCCCACCAUCGGCCGGUUCCUCGAGCGCCUCGAAAUCGAUAAGCAAGAAAGAAAAGCCCAUGAGGAAGCCCUGCUGGCGAAGAAGAGGGAGAAGGAGGAACGCGGGGAGGAGAUGCCCCAUAAGCCGCGGAAGACCACUGGCAAGACUCGCAUGGUGACCGACCCGACUACCGGAAAUGAUAUCGAAGUCGAGGACCUCGAUGCCGAUGCUAUGGACGCCGUGAAGGAUCCCAAGCUCAUUGUCCCGAACGCCAAUGUCGGAAAGCCUACGGACGUCAAAACCGAAGCCACCCAGAGUCUCUCCCAAUACAAAGAAAACCAGGAUAUCACCGCCCCCCCGGACCCCAUUGCAGAGGGCACCACCUCCGAUGUGCCCAUCCACGGCGAGAAAACAAACGUCCUCUUCCACCCCACCCCGACGGUCACAUACAAGCCCAUGUUUGACCAGCUGGAGAGACGAGGCAUGGGUCUGUGCAUCGGCAUUGUGGCAGCGAUCGUCUUCCUGGGCCGCAUCUUCGGCGGUUCCUUAUGGGGCCUCCUCCCGCUGGGAUGUGGGAUUGCCAGCGCCAUGUGGCUCUGGAUUCAAGAGUUGAUAAAAAGUGGUCGCGAAAUGGAAUGGAGCAGCGAGCAGAUCCGAGGCCAGAUGGCCACCGCGAAUCUGCUCCCCGAGUCGGUCGAAUGGAUGAACUCCUUCCUGGGCGUCUUCUGGGGCCUCAUCAACCCGGAGAUGCUGUCACCGGUCGCCGAUACCAUCGAAGAUAUCAUGCAGGCGUCUGCGCCGGGUGUGGUCGAGAACGUUCGGAUUGCCGAGAUCGACCAGGGCAACAACCCUCUGCGGAUUUUGAGUCUGCGCUCUCUCCCCGACUCCCAUGUCCAGCAGCUCAAGGAUCACGUCCAUGAGGAAAACGUCAAGAAUAAAGACCCCCAGGAGGCGGCUGCGGCCGAGGAGGGCGGCAGCUACUACAACAUGGAGGUUUCCUUUGCCUACCAUGCGAAGCCGAGUGGUCAAACGGCCUCGUCCAAGGCACGCAACAUGCACAUGCAGAUCGUGUUCUACCUCGGAAUCAAAGGCCUCUUCGGGGUGCCCUUCCCGGUGUUUGUGGAGCUGACAGAGAUGGUCGGAACGGUGCGUGCAAGAUUCCAGAUGAUGCCAGAGGCGCCAUUCAUGAAGGAUGUCACCUUCAGCCUGGUCGGGCUCCCGCACAUCAAAGCUGGGUGCAUGCCCAUGAUCAAAGGGGGCGUCAAUAUCCUGAAUCUCCCAUUGAUUUCGAACUUUGUCAACUAUGCCAUCGCCACCGCCUCCGGGCUCUUCGCGGCCCCGAAGUCCAUGACCAUGGACCUCAGCUCGAUCCUCAAAGGGGAUGACAUCCUUAAAGAAACCCAGGCGCUGGGCGUCAUGUGGGUUCGGAUUCACCGUGCGAUCGGACUGAGCAAGCAGGACCGGCGUGGUAGCUACGGCGGCGGCAGCGAUCCCUACAUCAACCUGUCCUUCUCGAAGUACGGCAAACCCAUGUACUGUACACGAGUGAUCUGCGACGAUCUGAACCCGGUCUGGGAAGAGACGGCGGCGCUACUGGUGACGCCGGAGCUGAUCAAGGCCGACGAGGCGCUCAGCGUAGAACUCUGGGAUUCGGAUCGAACUACUGCGGAUGACAUUGUCGGCAAGGUGGAGUUGCCGAUCCGGAAAAUGAUCCAGCAUCCGGGCAAAAUGUACGCCCAAGUCUCGAAGCUCCAGGGCCUGAGCGAGGGGAGCGAAAUGCCAGGAGAGCUCCACUGGGAAGUUGGAUUCUUCGGCAAGCCCAAGCUGAGGGCCGAGUUGAUGACCGACGGCAAGAAGAAAGACCUGCCUGAUAACUUCAAGGAUGUCCCGGAGUUCCAAGACGAGAAGGGCGUCAUCAGCAACGAGCUCGAAGAUGCCGUCACCAAGACCCCCCCGGACCCGUUAUGGCCCAGCGGCAUCCUGAGCGUCGUGGUGCAUCAGAUCGUCAACCUGGAGACCGAGAACGUAAAAGGCAGCAACGGCAACCGCAAUGGACGAGAAUACGAGCCGGCCAAGCCAUUUGGCGAGCAAAAGGAGGAGCAGGGCGAGAAGCUGCCGACGAGCUACUGCAAGAUCAUUAUCAACGACGAGCUGGUCUACCGCACCCGCGCCAAAGCCCUAAGCUCCAAGCCGAUUUUCAACGCCGGAACCGAACGCUUCGUCCGGGACUGGCGGUCUGCCUUCGUCACUGUGAGCGUCCGCGACCAACGCUAUCGACAACACGACCCCAUCCUCGGUGUUAUCCCGCUGAAGAUCUCCGACCUUCUCCAGACCAGCUCGCAGGUCACCCGGUGGUACCCUCUGGACGGCGGCGUCGGAUUCGGACGGAUCCGCAUCUCCAUCCUCCUCCGCCACGUCGAGACCCGACUCCCCCCCAGCCUACUAGGCUGGGACGUGGGCACCUUCGAAUUCGCCUCGGACAAGAUCACCAUACAGAACUUCAACCAGCGGUCCAAGAUCCGCCUCCGCACCGGAGGCAGCAGCGGCAAGAUCACCCGCCAUGUCUGCUCCGUCGAGGGGAGCAACAUGAGCUACGACAUCUCUGACGAAGCAUUCCGCCGCAGCAUCCGCCUUCCCGUCAAGCACCGCUACCGAUCCCCGGUCGUCUUCGAAUUCCACCCCCAAGGCCACCACCACCAUCACCACCCGACUGCCUACGCCGUCUACUGGCUCCAACACAUCCCGGACAACGAAGAAACCAUCAUCGACAUCCCGAUAUGGGCGACCAAGAACGGCAAACGCCUCACGCAGAACUACAUCACGGAACGCAACUGCGAGAUCAAACGCAGCCCGGGCCUCGAAGACCUGCACGAGGUCGGCCGCCUGCAGUUCCGCGGCUACUUCAGCCCCGGCAUCGACGAGUCCCACGAACGAUUCGUCGUCGACAACGAAUCGCGCGAGACCUUCGAGACCUGGGAAGCCUGCAUCGCCGAGGGCGUCCGCUCGCGACGCAUCUCCGCCGACAUCCCCGAGGACGUGGCCCAGCUGCACGAGAAAUCCCUCCUCGACGGCCGAGACAUCCUCAAGCACGCGGAACCCCGCGAACGCAAACGCUGGAUCGACAAGCAGGGCCAGGACUGGAGUGGGGCAUUCGGACAUGACCCCGGCGCGUACCUCAACCAACACGGCCACCAGGUGGCCGAACCAGGGCGCGAGAAUCCCCCUCACGACCCGGUCAAUCCGCCGCGUACCGUCGCCACCGCCCACGGCACCAUGCACGCCGAAGAAGCGCAACACGAGCCCUCCCCUCCGCACCAAGAAGCCCAAGCCCAACAGCAAGCAACCCCAAACCAACCCCCCGGCCCACGACCAGUCGAACCAGCCGAACCGCCCGGAGACAACGGCAACGACGGCAGCGACGGCUCCUCCUCCAGCGAAACGGAAGACGACAACGACGACGAAUACUACCCGCACCAACAACACGCGCAACAACGGGUCUCCUCCAGCGGCACCUUCACCAGCGGCGCGAGCGCGAGUGGCAGCGGGCCCAACCGCCAAAGCACCGACGGAUCGUCAUCCAUCUCCUCCAAGAAAGCGAACAAGCGGAGCGAGCAGCGCCAGCAGCGCGGGAUGAUGCAGUGGAAGCCCGUCCGGAACGCGGUGUUUGCGCGUGACGAGACCAAGUUUGCGCUUCGGAGGGUGAAGAGGAAGUUUACGGGCGAUUUGGCGGGUAGGGAGCCGGAUAUCGAGACGGAGACGGGGACGUGACUCGUUUGGUUGAUGGAGUGGGUGAGGGAGAGGAG